AGUGUAUUUUUCUUUAUAAUUAUAAAAAAUUUAGAGUACUAAAUGAGAUUUUAUAUGUGCUAAUAACAAUUUCCUAUAAUAUUUGUAUAAGUUAUUUGUUUCCAUCUCCAACUAAACAUUAAAACAUUGCCAUUAAACUUGUUUCCGUCUCUCCCUCCAAUGGCAGAGGCAGACCCAAACCUGUUGAAGGUAACUGAGGUUUGCAGGGUAGCUCCAGAACAACAAGGCACACAAGAGUACUUCCUUCUUGAUCUUACUUUCUCUGACUUAUUCUGGCUAAGGUUUCCACCUUUUCAACGCAUAUUCUUCUAUGAAAUCCCUCCUUCCACCGACUUCGAUCACAUACUUCCCAAGCUCAAAGCAUCCCUCUCUACCACCCUCCAACACUUUCUACCUCUAGCAGGAAACCUCACUUGGCCUCAAAAUUCCCACAAACCUGUUCUCAGCUACGUCCGAGGCGACACCGUUUCACUCACAAUAGCCGAGUUUAAUCAUGCUGAUCAUUUCCACCAUCUUUCGAGUAAUGAAUUUGUUGAAGCCAAACAAUACCAGAUGCUUGUGCCCCAUUUGCCGAUAUCCGACGAAAAAGCCACGGCCAUGGCAUUGCAAAUCACUCUAUUUGCUAACCACGGUUUUACUAUCGGAACAUCCAUGCACCAUGCGGUCCUCGACGGCAACACUUCAACCCUAUUUAUAAAAUCAUGGGCUUACUUCUGUAGACAUGGAGGAUUAAUCUCAACGUCUAAUUCGUUACCGGAUCAGCUAAAACCAUUUUACCGCAGAAUGGUCGUCGAGGAUCAAGCCCGGCUUGGGUCGAUUUACUCGAACCAAUUGCUCAACAUGGACCGACCCAACAAUAGAAGCUUGAUGACUAAAGUGCGUACAGAUCCAGUUUCACCUGACCUAAUUCGAGGCACGUUCCAAGUUACGCGCACAAAUCUUGAAGCCCUAAGGCAAACGGUGACGGCCAAGAAGGAACAACAAGAACAAUAUCAAUCGGUUCACUUGUCAACGUUUUCUCUCACAUGUGCCUACGCAUGGGUUUGCUUAGUCAAGGUUGAGGAGAUGAAAGCUGGCGUAUCACUCUUCAUCUUUAGCGUUGAUUGUAGGUCCCGCUUUGACCCUCCUCUACCAGCAAACUAUUUUGGCAACUGCUUAACUGGCCGUAAAGCAGUUGCAGAGACAAAUAGGCUACUGGGAGAAGAUGGGUUGAUUGUGGCAGUGAGUGCAAUUAGUGAAGCCAUAAAAAGUUUGGAUGAGGGGGUCUUGAAGGGGGCGGAGAAUCGGGUUUCAGGUUUGUACAGUGGCGUGCGUAGCAAAGAUCGUACAAAAUUUUCCGUUGCUGGCUCACAUCAGUUUAAGAUUUACGGCACUGAUUUUGGAUGGGGAAGGCCGAGGAAGACUGACGUCGUUUCGAUAGACAGGACCGGAGCGAUCUCUCUUGCAGAUAGCAAGAAUUGUGGCGGAGGUGUUGAGAUAGGGUUGGUUUUGAAAAAACAUCACAUGGAUGUUUUUGCUUCUCUGUUUGCCAAAGGUCUUGAGUCCUUAUGAUAUUUAAAAUAUUUAUACAGUGAUAGGGUACAUCUGUCUAGGGUUCGUGUGGCGGUGGGUUUUCGACUUAUUGUUUAUCUCAUAUAUGAUAAGUGUAACAUUAUUCUUUAUUUCAUAGUCAAUCCGUGAAAGUUUUCACAAACUGAA